AUGGAUAAUGUAUUAUUUCCCAUGCUGAGCAGUAUAUCUAUGCUAAUGGACACGUUGCGAGCGAGAGUCAAGGACUUGAACUUUGAACCCAGCCGGGUUGUGGACUCGACCAGCUAUCGGCGUGAGUAUUUGAUGGUAAUGCUGAAAGCUGUACAGCUCAUUAUCUGUGAAGAGGACUGGGUCACUAUGAAGAUGUUUAAAAUAGCUGAAACAAAUAAUAUGGAAGCUUUCAACCAUGGCCGCCUGAAGCAGAAUUGUCUUGGUCAACAAUUAUUGCGACUUGGUAUUCGCCGACGAAGCGAACGCGAAGUUGUUCGGGAGUUGUCUGUGUGUAAUGGGAAGUCAAAAAAAGCACUAAUUGAUAAGUUGUUAUCAGUUUUGAAUAUAUGGAAUAUGAGAGCGACUUUAUUUGACCUUAUGCUCAUGAUCAAGGAG